GCCGUAUUGUGUGUACGGAGUUGGAUUUCGAGGAUCGAUCGUGGACGGUACGGGACGACCGACAGUCAGGUACAGUCAGUCGUUUCGAGGCUACCGAGCUAAACGGGUGUCGUUCGACGUUCAGAGCCGCGCCGGUUCUGCCCUCUUCCUCUUUCUCUUCCAAACUGUUAGCCUGCUGUUCGUCGUUCGACCGCGCACCUAUUUCGCUUCUUUCUUUCUCCUCGCGCGAUUACAGUGCACGCUUCUCUUCGGAGACCAUGAAGAGUGUCGUAAAGACGGCGUCCAGUCUUCUCGCCUUGGCAGUGAUCCACUCUGUCAUGUGCGCAUCCGUCACGGAAAGUGUGGCCAACUUCUUCCCCGAGAUCAAAGGGAAUCUCACCAAGAUCACUUGGGCUCACGCAGUCAACGAUAAGGCAACGUUGAACAAGUCGUUGGAAGGGAACGUGAUGAUGCUGGAGGCCGACGUUAUGUUUGGCAAAGUAACAGGACAGGACUCAACCGUUCAACAACCGAUAAUGGCCCAUCCACCGGCGAACGAGAGCGAUCUGUCGCUCGAGAAUUUCCUCAACACCGUGAUCGAGAGGAAGGAGAUCAAGAAGGGCAUAAAACUCGACUUCAAGAGCGUCGAGGCGUUCAACGCGAGCAAACCUAUCCUGGACAAGGUUCGCGAUAGCUUGACAUUCCCCGUGUUCCUGAACGCCGAUAUACUGGAAGGACCCACCAACGCAACCGCCAUACCGGUCGAUGCGAAAUUCUUCAUCGGUCAGGCGAAGACGUAUCCGAAAUACACUCUGUCGGUCGGCUGGACUACCAGUUACGCGAACUCGGAGAACAACACUGAGAAUAUCGACCGAUACACGGAGCAGCAAAUUCAACGGAUGAUCAAUACUCUGAAGGAGCAGCACGUUACCCAGCCGGUAACUUAUCCCGUGAGAGCCGGCCUCGCGGCCAACGAUAUUAAGGCGAUGAAAAUGUUGAUGGAAAAUUCGACCGAGUCGGGGAUCAAGAACGCGACCUUGACCGUGUGGUCGGGCGAGGGGGACAAGGUGAACGCGGAAAAGUUGUCGCAACUGAUAAAGGAGAUAGGGGUCGAGAACGUGUACGUUGACGUGCCCAAGGAACUGAUGGACAAGCUUCGAUUAUCGGCCGCGUCCAAUCCGAGGCCGGCCACGCUCGUCCUGGCAGCUACGCUUUUCCUCGCCGUCUCCCUCUCCACCAUGUUGUGAACGAUCCCGACAAUUUCGCUCGCCCCGUUUCGCGCGCUUCGCUCCCGGGAACGGGCGGAGGGGGAGGAGGGGGGGCGGGGGGAAGGAUUCCGAACCGCCUUCCACGCACCCUCCGCCUCCCCGCGCCCCUUCCCCCGCGAGAGAGAGAGGGGGGAGGCGAGGCGAGAUCGAUGACGAGAUCAUCCGUCGGAAGAAAUCGAAUCGCGACCGAUCCGAUUUGUUCUCGUCUUUUUUAGAACUCGUCGAGCCCCCCCGUCGAGCCUGUGUACUUGUUUUUUUUAGUACGGUAGCGUUAAGCUUAUCCGCGAAACGGACUUUUUUCUAAGUAUUUUAAGGAAGCUUUCCUCUAGAGACACAGAUUAUUAUUAUUAUUAUUAUUAAUAUUAAUAUUAAUAUUAUUAUUAUUAUUAUUAUUAUUAUUAUUGUCGCCGACCAAUCAUGCUUUCGAUCGACACUCUCGAUGUUUCUACAUUUUUCUUCUUCUUUUUUUUGUCUUCUUUAUUUUUCUUUUCUCCUCCGUCGAUCCAAUAAUUUUAGAGAGAAUCUUUUCUAGGACGAGAAUCAUUUUCUAGAACGUGGCGAGGCGCACGUUUUUUUUUUCCCUUUCGUAUCUCGAUUUUUAAGAUAAAAAGGAUUAAAAAAAAGUAAAUAAUAAUAAAUAAGAUAGAGUAAGUAAGAUAUAAGAUAUGUAAGAGUAAGGGGCAUACCUAAGGCGGAAAGUCGCAUCGAUAGAUUUUGCUUUGAUAUAAUAAUUAAGAAAGAAACGUUCCUUGUUGUUUACCGUUUCUUUUUUUUCUUUUUCUUCCUUUCUUUCUUUUUUUUUUUUUUUUUUUUUUUUUUCCCCUCUCGAUGUAUUAUAUAUAUAUACACACACACACACACAGAUACACACACACGUUUUAAUAUUAUUUUACAUCUCGUACAACGCAAGCGAUGUAAUCGAUGACCGCGGUACGACGAAUCGAGUCGAUACGUCGGAGGAUAGAUCCGGUUCGAGAUCUUUUUUCGCGUCGAUACUCCGCGAGGAAUCGUACGUAGCGCGUUUAUAUCGUACCUAUUUAGUGUUCAUCGACGUAUCUCCUGUACCUGCCUUCGACAUAUCUCAGACAUAGUUUCAGGAACAAGAAAGAUGCAGAGUAAUAAGAAACGAACAAAAAAGGAAAAAAUAAAUAAAUAAAUAAAGAGAAAAGAAAAGAACAAAACGGUAUUAAACUUUAUCGAAGCUGUAACGCUGUAUGUCUGCAAGCCAAAGGAUUGUGAAUGCGAUUGUGAAUACGGUGCACCCGCGCACCGCGUUUGAUAACGAAACAAUAAAAUUAUGCGCAAAAUCGA